AUGUCAGCAGUUACAGCAGCACGGAAAUCGCCUUCAAAUGCAACGUUCAACAACAAGGAGAAGCCACAGGAAGUCCGCAAGGCAAAUAUCGUGGCUGCAAAGGCGGUUGCAGAUGCAAUUAGAACAUCACUUGGUCCAAAGGGUAUGGAUAAGAUGAUCAAGACAAAAGACGGCAAGGUGAUUAUUUCGAAUGACGGGCACACGAUCCUCAAGCACAUGGCGGUGUUGCACCCCGUGGCAAAGAUGCUUGUUGAUUUGUCGGGAGCACAAGAUGUUGAGGCAGGAGAUGGUACAACAUCGGUUGUUGUGUUGGCAGGAGCACUUUUAGGGGCAGCCCAGAAGCUUUUGUCCAAGGGGAUCCACCCAACAAUCGUGGCGGAGUCGUUCCAGCGGGCCGCACAGAGAUCAAGCGAGAUUUUAAAGGGGAUGUCGCACGAAAUCUCUCUUGAAGAUAGAGAAACACUCAUUAAGGCAGCAACCACUUCUCUCUCGUCCAAAAUCGUGUCCCAGCACUCGUCGCUUUUAGGGCCGAUAGCAGUGGAUUCGGUGUUGAAGGUGGCGAACAGGCAGGACCACAGUGUGGACUUGAACGACAUCCGGCUGAUCAAGAAAGUCGGCGGGACGAUAGACGCGACUGAAAUUGUCGACGGCGUCGUUCUCACCCAGAACGUGAUAAAGAGUGCCGGCGGACCGACGAGGGUCGAAAGGGCACGCAUUGGGCUCAUCCAGUUCUGCCUAUCGCCUCCAAAGCCGGACAUGGAAAACAACAUUGUGGUUAAUGACUACAGGCAGAUGGACAAAAUCCUCAAGGAGGAGCGGAUGUACCUUCUAAACAUCUGCAAAAGGAUCAGGAAGGCCAAGUGCAACGUGUUGUUGAUCCAGAAGUCGAUUUUGCGUGAUGCUGUGAACGACUUAGCACUUCACUUCCUCUCGAAAAUGCACAUUCUCGUCAUUAAGAACGUCGAGAGAGACGAGAUCGAGUUUCUCGCCAAGAGUCUUGGGUGCCAGCCAAUAGCCGACGUGCAAUCGUUUUCCGAGUCGCGCUUGGGCUCUGCCGACCUUGUAGAAGAAAUAGAUUCCGACGGAUCCCGGGUCACCGAAAUAACCGGCAUUAAAAACGUCUCUCACCCAACUGUUUCGAUAGUUUGCCGAGGUGCCAACCAGCAGAUUUUGGACGAGUCCGAGCGGUCCAUUCACGAUGCCCUCUGUGUGAUCAGAUGUCUAGUGAAACAACCAGCUCUUAUUGCUGGUGGAGGAGCUCCCGAGAUUGAAGUUUCCCGUCAACUCCUCAAGGAGGUCCAUUCCAUGUCUGGAGUUGAGCAACUCUGCUUCCAGGAGUUCGCCUUGGCAUUGGAGGUGAUUCCUACAACGUUGGCUGAGAACGCAGGCCUCAAUCCAAUUGAUUUGGUCACUGAUUUGCGUAAUAAGCACGAAAAGGGUGAAACCGAGACUGGAAUAAGUAUCAGGCGGUUGGGUGCCACCAAUUCUUACCAGGAGCACGUGCUCCAGCCUGCUUUGGUCAACAUUAGUGCCAUCACGCUUGCCUCGGAGACCGUGAAGUCGAUUCUCCGUAUUGAUGAUAUUCAGUUUGCACGUUGA